CUGAGUUGGCACAGACGAGAGGAAAGAUUGACAGAACUCAGAUCCUUCAAAGCAGAGAUGAUGAAAUUCAUUUCGAUUUUCUUCCUGGUAGGAAGUUGUGGCUUGGUUGAAGGUAUGAUAAGAGAAUAUAUUUACUAUCCUGGUGCAACAUAUUGGUAUAAUGCUCAGCGAAUCUGCAGAGAACACCACACUGAUCUGGCUACCAUCAGCACUGCAGAGGAACAGCAGCGACUUGUAGAGAGUUUUGGUUUCAGCAGUGGGCCAGCUUGGAUUGGGUUGUACACACAAUAUGUAUACUCGGUAUGGCAGUGGUCUCAUGGAGAGCCAGUUUCUUUCACACCAUGGUAUCCUGGCUAUCCUGAUAAACAUUAUUACUCUUCUGGUAGUGGCGGAUACAAAACCUGUGCUUUUUUGGAACAAGGACAAUGGAAAAACGACUUCAGUUGGGCGCGUUAUCCAUACUACUGUUAUAGAUAUUUGAUUUUGGUGAAUGAGAGUAAGACUUGGGAGGAGGCUCUUCGGUACUGCACCACUAAGUACACCGGCUUGUCCUCUCUGCCCUACGCCACACAAGUGCUUCAGGCAAAAACGGAGCUUGCACUGACCCAAACAGAGAGUGUGUGGACCGGCCUGCGCUUCAUGGAUGGAAACUGGUUCUGGCUGAGUGGAGAGCCAACGCAGAGUCUGGAUUUACUUCCAUCAUGUCCAGCUCAUCCUUAUCGCUGCGGAGCUCUCAACAACAACACAAACAUCUGGGAGAACCGAGACUGCAACGAGAAACUGAAUUUCCUCUGCUACUGGAAUAUUGUGUAGUGAUCUCUGGCUGCACCCCUGCAUUACAU